GAUUUUUAUUAUGAUUUUGAACAAGAUGAUAGUGGUGCUUUAGUUAGUUUUUUUUUGGCGUGAUGGUAGGAUGAUGAGAGAUUAUCAUUACUUUGGAGAUUUGUUGGUUUUUGAUACAACUUAUAGAACUAAUAAAUAUGGAAUGAUAUGUGCUCCAUUUAUUGGGAUGAACCAUCAUGGUAACAAUGUCAUGUUUGGUAUGGGUUUUAUUCUUAAUGAGCGCACCGAGUCUUUUGAUUGGUUGUUUGAUACAUUUUUGCACUCAAUGGGGAGGAAAAGUCCCAUUACAAUUAUGACUGAUCAAGCACAAGCGAUUGCAGCGGGUAUAAGAAACAUUUUUCCUUCAACUGUUCAUCAUCGUUUAUGUGUAUGGCAUCUUGAACAAAAUUCUAAGAAACACAUUGGAGCAUUGAGAGCUUUGGAAGGCUUUACAGAUUUUUUUGGAUAUCUUUUGAAGUAUUGUGAAACUCCUGCUAAAUUUGAAUAUUUCUGGAAAAGGAUGUGUGAUAAAUACAAAUGUGAAAAUGAUGAUUGGUUAUGUGAUUUGUAUAAAAUAAAGGAAAUGUGGUGUCCUGCUUAUUCUAAGAAGUAUUGGUCUGGUGGUAUAUUGUCUUCUCAACGUAGUGAAACUACUAAUAAGUCAGUUUCACAACGUCUUAAUAAGACUCAAGGUUUAUGUGAUUUUUAUCAUGUUUUUCUUGAUGUCAUUUCUGAGUGGAGAAGUAAGGAAGGUGCAAGAGAUUACAAUACUCUGAGGGGUAAUAGGCACCUAGCUUUUGCUAAUAUUGGUAUAUUAGUUCAUGCAAGAUCAUUGUACACUAUUCAAGCUUAUGUUCUUUUUGAAGAGGAGUUCAUUAGGGGGACAGCUUAUGAUCAUGUUGAUAAUGGUUUGCGUUUUCCAGAAUAUUCAUAUCUUCUUUGGAGGCCUGGGAAGGAUAUAAUUAAGCAUGAAGUUGUUUUUAAUAAGGAAACACAUGCAAUUUGUUGCACAUGCAUGUACUUUAGUGAGACUGGUUUACUUUGUUCUCAUUCUCUUCGAGUAUAUCAUUUGCAUUGUGUGCGUAAUAUUCCACAAGAGUAUAUAAUGAAACGAUGGACAAAGGCUGCCAUGUGUAGUCAUGGUAUUGAAGAACCUACUUUGAGGACAAAUGUUGUGGCUACUAGUGUUUGGAGGUCACAAACAAUCAGAAAGUUUGUUAAGUUGAUAACAAGUUGUCAGAAUUCUUUGAAUGCAAGGGCAGAGGUUGAGUGUUAUUUCAAUCUGUUAAAAGAAAAGGUUGAGAGUGUAUCAGGUGUAAUUGACUUUAUUGAACCUGUUAAAGAGGUUGAAAUUGUUGAUCUUGAGAUCAAGAAUCCUCAAAAAGCUAGGCCUAAAGGUGAGAGGAAUGUAAGGCCUAAGAGUACCUUGGAGAAGCAGUGUAACAAGGCAAAGGGUAAUUUCAAGAGGAAAAAGUCUAUGUACACUCCUUACAAAAGGGGUAUAGGGCAAGCAGUUGUACAGGAACUUGAUGAGAACGGUUGUGCUGUUACUUAUGCUAAUUCUAUUAGUGAUCCCAUUGAAUUGAUUGUUUUGAGCAAUAAACGGGCUCAGGUCGGCUUAAAAUCAGCUGUUGUAGAAGAAAUUCCUUCUAGUUCUAAGGAAUCAAAUCAUAGUAUUUCCAAUGAUUUUGAUCAGGCUACUGGUGAAAGCUCUCUUUCAUCUAUCAUAUCUAUUGAUGUUGAUAUUUCAUCUAUUGCUAAGGCGAAGGAUUUAAAUCUUGAAGGUGUUUCUGCUGUUCAACCUUGUUCUAAUUUUGGUGCAAAUAAAGGUGCUUCUGGUGUUAAAACUUACUCUCAAAUUAAUCCAAGAGUUCCAAUUCAUACUAGUGCGUCAACAAAAUCUCCUGUUGUUAUUCAACCUACUGUUCCCAGGAAUGUUCAAAAUCAAACUCAGAAUUGUUCAAACACCAAUCUAGAAAUGAUCAUAUCCAACUCCAGGAAUGUUCAAUCAACAAAUGUUCAAGUUAUUUCUCCUACGGUUCAAAUAAAUGAUCAAGGAUUUCGUGUUCAGAAUGUUCAAGUUACUCCUCCCACAGUUCAAAGAAAUGAUCAAGGUGCUCGUGUUCCAAUUCUUCAAUCAAGAAAUGUUCAAUUAGGUUCUAAAAAGAUUUCUUCUAAGUAUGAUAGGUUGUUAGCCUUUUUUGAUACAAGUGUAGCUAAACGUUUGGCUAAUAAAGAUAAAUAAUUAGUAUUCCAGAACUUUAUAAA